AUGGCGACACGGCAAGAACGAAUUGCCGAACCAAAAAAGGUUCGCUUCGUCGUAUAUGAGACUUGGAUCCUUUUCGACUCUGGAUCCUCAACCUCCUCACCAAUAUUCUCUGAUGACUAUUCACCAACUGCCCAAACUGUCGACAUGUCUGCCCAACGACCCUCCUCAGCCCCCGCUUCCCCAACCUCAGGUCGCGUUUUUCUUGGACCAGGUCGAACGCUCGGCGUUCCGGUCCCGACCUCUUUACCGACCUCGCCCUCCAAUGGCUCCACCACGCGCAAGCCUACGCGGCUCAACCUCCACGCUAACGUCCAACGCUCACACCUCGCACCCAUUCCCCAACUCGGACGACGAACUGGACCUCCCGCAGAUUCCUGUGCUACAGUCCAGUCCAGUCCCAGCAACAACAACAACAAUACGGCACGGAAUCUCCCUGCCACCUCUUCCAACCCGACCACCACCACUGGCACCUCUACCGCCACCGCUACCCGCUCCGCCGAUGCUGGCACUCGUACGUGCGACGGGCGAAAUCGCUCGGACACGUCGAACCCGAAUUCGAGCGUUCGAGCAGACCGACGAGAACAUCGCACAUUGACGACGUCCUCGUGGAACCAGCCCGGAGCAAUGUGGGGACAACUUCCUGAAGGCAACUUCGAGAGGCAAUGGUGUGACAUCCCCGGAGUUUCUACUCGCAUCGACCGCGACUCUCGCGUCCCCCUCCUUAUGAAACGCGCAGAAGAUGAAGUGAGCUUCGAAAACUCAUUCGCAGCUUUUUGGCGAUGGAACCCCGACGUCCAACACUACGAGGACAUGAUCAGGGAGUUCACCCUCGCCUCCAUUACCUUCCAGAAGACUCGCCACCUCCGCCUCAACACCCUCUCGUGGCAACCCAACGAAGAGGAACUCAAAGCCUUCCGGGUUAUCGAAGCCCUCAACCUCUCCGCCGCCCAACGCAUCGUCCGCAACCUUACGGACGACUACGACGACCGAACCACAUCAAAUACAUUGAUGGCUACCUCCACACCACCUAUCAAGCACUCCGCCCCGUUCCAAACUGGAACCCACCUGCCGCCGACUCGCUUCCACCACCGCCGCCUACAACCACCACGACUACGACGACAACCUCGUCAACCAUGGACGACAUCGCCGCCGCCUUCUCACCAUCGACCAGGUGUUCCACACUUUCGUCGACCACCGCCACCACCUCCACGUCGACUGCAACGCCUUCGACAUCAUCGACUGUCGCCCCGGCCGACACCCCCGCAACACGCCCUCUCCCCGCGUACCUUUCCAUCACGGCUCGUACCCGGCGUCUUCAACUCGCCGCCCGACAUAAGGACAUCUGCCACACUUGUGGUGAUGAAUCCUUCUAUCACUGGACACACGACACCAUGGUGUCCACAACGCGAUGAUAGUGAUGAUGGCAGCCUCGACCACGAGCUCGAUUGGGAUGACGGGAUUUACGACCUCGUCGACGAAGGCAAUGGUUACGGCGACUACUAG